AUUACAGUAUAUACCUAUUCUUUCUUCAUCAGUAUGCAUUAUUAUACUUGUUGGCAUAUAAAUUAUGACCUUGAGCUCGGUAUGCUCCGGGCAUUGGAGUGGGGAAAGAAGCAAAAAGUCUCAUCAUAGCAGCGACAACACGUUGUUGUUGAAUGAAGCGUAUAGCGAUGCGAGAAACUAUACAGCUAUAGUAGAAAAACUCCAUGUCAAUCUUUGCUCGGUUGUCACACGUGAAGAAGACGCAAAAAACCUCAUCGUGGUAUGAGAACAUGCACCCCUCAUUUUCCCGUAUAGAUACUACUCUCCCUAAUCGCCUUCAGGCAUUCAUGCCAAUUCCUAGAUAUGAACGGUGUACGUAUGAUCACCCAAGAAGCUGUGUAACAGCUGAAGUAUGAU